CUGCCACAACAGACGAUAACCAGGGCGACGGUGACAUCAUCUCCGAGGCGGAUGAAGCAGCUCUGGCAGAACCCGCUGGGGCUGUGGCCUCAUCACCUCCGUGCGAGGACCGUGCGGUAGCAUCUUCUCAGCGGUCGAAAACCUUCUCCAUUCACGACCUUUCCUUCACCAUUGGGGAUCUGAUCGGGCGUGGCGGCUUUGCAGAGGUCUACCAAGCGAAGAGGGACGAUAAGAAAUUCGCCUUGAAAAUUGUUUCCGCACAAAAUAAGCGUCGUUUGAUGCAGUUUCAGCAAGAAGCAGUUUUGCUCUAUGGAUUGCAAAUAUGUCUGGGUCUGGAAGAGUGCAAGUUGUCAUGCUAGAUCUGAAUCAUACAAAAUUCUGUGUUGCAUGAUUACCAAUAAAAAGCUGUUCACUUUUGAGAAGGCCGCGAGGCACUUUCUUAUGCGGAAAAGGCAUGGUAAAGAUCUCACACAAUCUGUGAUGCUAGGGCAUGCAUCACAGACCUCACACGUUAUGGAAAACGUGCAUUACAAACCUGGAAAUCUUCCAGACCCAGAUAUUUUUGCAGUUGAUAUGCUCGAGAACCUGACGAAAAAGGACAAGAUAUCCAGAGGAAAAACGUUCCCGACCCAGAGUUGUCAUGCGCAAUGGCAUGUCUAUAUCUAAAAUUUUUCUACUUAACGCAACCCCAUGAGAAGCGUUUUUUCAUGUUGUCUGGGACUUUGUCAUGUCAGAAUCAGGAUUAGAAUACGAAGAUGGAUCGAUUUUUUAUGCGGCUUUUCUAGCUAAACACGAUCACCAUCACACUAAAGACCCCAAGCUUGUCAUGUGCAACAGCCAAAAGUUCUUGAUUUGUGUUGCAAAGUCCCAAUAUACUUGACUCUGGGGUGGGGACGUUUGUCCACAGGAUACAAGACAGGGAGAAAGCACGUCGUGCACUGUUUUGGCUCUUACUGUGACGUCGCCAACUUGCGGAUCCACAUCUUGCUAUGCUCUGCAAAAGUAUCGUACUCGUACUAAUUGCAAUCAUGCAUGACAAAUCUUGUUUCUUAGCCAAAUCAGCAUUUACAAACUCCAUUUCUCCUUCUGAGAAAAUUUGUAUUGCGAUUUGUACUAGUACGUUUCUUUUGCACAGGAUACUUGCUGGAAUUUGCCGAUUGCGACUUCGAGGCCUAUCAUCGGAGCUUCGUCACGAAAGUGACUCAUGUGCCGACUCUUGAAGAUGCCGAUCCCGAUGCUGGGGCCAGCCCAGGUGGGAGAGGACCACGACACACCAGAGCCUGUUCACGGAAUAAAACGAAAUUCUUCAUGCCUUUAAACACGAUUCUGCAUUGCGGAAAGCAGAUGGCGGCUGCGGUCGCCUUUAUUCACAGCAAGAACAUCGUGCACUUUGAUUUGAAGCCCGCAAACUUUCUCAUGUUUGAAAACAAGCAGAAAAUCAAGCUGUCCGACUUCGGGCUGGCGAGGGAGGUCGAGCAAGAUAAAUCCCAUAUCAGCCGGUUUGGGCAGUGCGGCACAAUCUUAUACAUGGCUCCGGAGGCCUUCCACCAGGGCGAGCAGUACGAAUCCAGUAUGAAAAUGAAGCCGGAAACGGAUAUUUGGUCCCUUGGAAUCAUACUGUACGCGAUGAUCUACGAAAAGCCGCCGCACGCGUAUUUGUUCAACCAACCAGGGGGAGGCAAUCGGGUGAUGUUCUGCAUCGUCGACCCUUUCAUGGAAAUCCAGUAUCCGGACAAGUUCUGCGCCUUCACACAAGACAUUUUAGAAGACGGCCUCGCAGAUUUCGAAGGCAAGAGGCUGGAGCAUUUGCUGUAUUUGGUGCAAUUCUGUCUCGCACGGGAAGUCGCAGACAGGAUCACUGCCUUUGAUUUAGAAAAAGAGCUGGUCGGACUGGAGGUGGUGAGCGAACGCAGGUUGUUGCGGAUCGACAACCGAACUGGGGGCGUAGGGGGCGAAGAUCUGUUGCAUGGCAAGCAAGGAUCAGGGCCAAAGCAAAAUGGCACGUCUAAUGCGAGGACCCGCACAACAACGGCGGAGGGGUCGGAGUCCUCGGGUUUGUCCAACAAUAGCGGCCGCGAUGCUGCUUCCCCUGCGAAGCUAGAUUUCCAGUUUCGCACAGCGUUGAUUAGGCCGAUUCCGGGAAGCACGGCAACGGUGUUGCAUCGAAAGCACAUUCCGGAGGUAGCGGUUUCUCGGUCUGGUUCACGGCCUACUUCGGAAAGCGGAUUCAUUUCCCCUCCGGAGAAAGCCACCCCUGCGCAAGAGAGCGAAAUAUUAUCACCAAUUGCACCCACCGUGCAACAAGAACAGCACCUUUCAGAAUCGAUGCUUCGCAGAUCCGAGGACGAGGAAGCUGGGAGGCAGCAGUUGCUGCUACAAGGGAAAAUGCCGCCCUCCAAUUGUGCAAAAGGCUCCGAACAAGUGGAUCUCGAUCCGGAACAAGCACCGCUGAUCGAUACCGAAAAACAAGACCUAUUCGCGGUCGGAAAUGGCUCUACGGGACAACACGAUGCGGCCGCACCAGACGCUCGUCAUGUCGAUGCACCUUUCUGGAGCAGCAUUGCUGGGAAAGCUAUCAUUUCUGCUCUUCUCCUGGCUAUCGGCAUUAGCACUGCUGUAUCUAUCGGAAUAUUUGGGACAAACACGGCGACGUCGUCGAAUUCUGGCGCAGCGAAUCAACAACUCAAUUUCGGCGGCAACAACGCGUUAUUUCCGCCCGGAAUACUAAGACCAAAUGAUAUAGUUUUCGUAAAAAAUGGGAACGGGACCAUGUUCGGAGCGACAGGUGGACGAAAUGUCGGCGGCAACGGCUACGGGACUUGUAGCUCUACAGACAUCCAGCCCGUGGUAGCCAGGCCUCAUACUGCGUUUUUGCCGCCGUCGAGUCCCAGUUCCUGGAGUCCGGGGCAGGAGAUCGAAGCAGGUCAUGGGGAUGCAGGCAGUCCAAGCAGCCGCCCACAUGUUGGUGCACAAGAAACAACCACGCAACAAAUAAAUGCGGCCCGCCCGGCCACGUCAAUCGCAGCUCCGCCAGCUGGGAUUUCCCUUGGAAAUAUCGGACCAACUGUAGGCUCACCCUCUCCCCCAAAUGGCAGCGUGCCUGUCAGCACAGCUGCUCCGUCGGUCGUGCCAGGGGGCUUACGUGUAUCGCCAGCACAUCUUCAAGGAAGGACUGCAAUCACGCCACAGCCCAGGCAGUCUCCGGCCUCCGAGCCCCCUGCUCCUUCUGCUCCUUCAGUGGUACUGCCGCCAGUAGUACCUCCUGGUGGAAACGAUCCGCACGAACCCUUACCGACCCAACCGGUGGGCGCGUCUUCGGCGCCUCCCUCCCACAUCGGAGUCGCGACGACGGCUGUGAGCGAGCAGUUGCAGACCGCGUUUUCGCCGCCGAGUCCGAGUGUUCUCAGCCCGGGUCAGAGCGGAGACGGAGAUGCCGAUGCGGGGGGCAACGGAAAUGGAGGUGCUGACGGUGCGGGCACUGGCUUUAAUAAUAGCAGCAGCGACCUUGGAACUGACAACAGCAAUGGUGGCCGUCCGCUAUAUGAUGCACAAGAAACCACACAACCAACCACAGCCCCGGCAUCGAGCCCCCCUGUUGCAGCUCUCGUAUCAGUUGGGAAUCAUACUGAAACCGGAGAGACCGCCAGCCCUCCUCUCGUCAAUGGUAACCUGCCUGUCACAGCUGGUUCUGCUGUGGAGGUUCGUGCAGGUUUAUCAACAGAACCAGGCACGGGCGAUUCUUAUCGCGAAAUCCUUCGUGAGAUGAAUGCACGCAGGUUUAUCGAAAAUCUCAGGCGCGCGGUGGCUCUCAGGCGCGCUGAUGUGCACUGCCGGAGCCGUUGUGGCGGAGCCGGAGGUGCCAGCAGCGAGCUAUAUCAGGAAGAGUCUUUGGCAGGGCCAAGCGGAACUUCUCCAUCGCUGCCAGCCGGAGCCACGAUACUUACUGCCGACUCACCAACACGAGAACCGGACGGCCCCGCAUCAAACCCACCUGCAGCAGCUCCAGUCCCAGAUGGGAAUGAUAUUGGAAACGGAGGAGGUCCUGCUAGCUCUCCUCUCGUCAAUGGUAACCUGCCUGUCACAGCUGGUUCUGCUGUGGAGGUUCGUGCAGGUUUAUCAACAGAACCAGGCACGGGCGAUGCUGAUGACGAAAUUCGUCGUGAGAUCGCGCUAUGCCGUCCGCGCAAGUUUAUCGACAAGGUCAGGCGCGCGCGCGCGCGCCGAUCGGGUUCUGAUGUGCACUGCCGGAGCCGUUGUGGCGGAGGUGCUAGCAGCGAGCUAUAUCAUGGCGGCCCUCAGUUUCAUGAAGACCCGGUGCAGCGAUUCGCGCAGAGGUACACGUGCUCGAUCUGUUCGGACUCCCCACUGCAACUGCCGCAGGAGGUGCAGCAAAGGUUGGGAGCUCCGAGGAACUCCCGCACUCGUGGUCCUGCAUACGAGACGAAAUCGCUAGCGGUGCUGCCUUGUGGGCACACCUUCUGUGAGGGUUGCAUCGGAUACUGGACGCACAAUCACCCUAGUUGCGCCUUCUGUCGCUGUAGCAUUCCCCGUAUGAGAGUGCACAAGAACCCCCAUUUACUUAAGUAACAUUGUCCCCCGCUUUAUGUAUCAGUUUGGAAGAAAAGCAGCCGCAACAGAAACAAAGUAUAGAAUUUUUGUAGCUUCUGCAUGCCAAAUACAAAUUGAAGUAUACUUAUGCGCGCGGCCUGUAGUACAACGGAUAGAUACAAUUACUUGGGUUCUCCUGGUCGUGCCCUAAUUCAUUAUUGUCACACCCAUUGAUGUAUAUAUAGCGGGGAUGUGAAGAGGCUGCACUAGUAUGAGUACCUGCAGUUGCGUUUGUCUUGCAUGACGACAAUAAAGGUGGGACGAUCCCCGGACCGCAUGAGGAGUUCAUCUUGUGCACUCGGAUACCCCGUGCCAAACGUGAACGUGUCGAGCUGAACGACGGUGCCAGCGAGUUUUACUUUGAUCCCUCCUACCAUGCGCGCUGUGUUUAUCCAAGGAAAAAAGUGUAGUGUAAGUGUAACUUUUUUGCAGGAACAGCAUCACAUGACAGAGAAAUAAACCUGUCAUGCGUAGCUAGUAAGCGAAAACACGUCUUAAAAUAGCCUUUGACGCAUAUAAUCCAGCAUGACAAGUGUAACUGUGUCGCAGCCUCUGCAAGACAAAGUUACACUUACACAGUUUUUCUCUUGCAUAGUGUUCCACGUUACGAGGCACCACGUGGUAGUGGGCAAUACGCAGGCGCUAAUCGUUAUGGGUGUGGCAGGAUCAAAAUUGACAAAGUCGAAAAAUUUGUAUAUGCAUAGAAUGUAGGGCACGCGUGGCCUGUGUUGGGGAGCAGGCAAAUGAGUCCGAUUGCAAUCCUGCCUGUUUAGGGGUAAUACGCAAUGUGCUGCCAGAGUAGCAUGACAGGAGUAGUCUUCUUUGCCCAAACAGCACGACAGAUUGCAUUGUGGUGCUCCCGAAUAAAUUUGUCAUGCGCCGCUUGCAAAGAAACAAACUGAGGCUCCAACUGGUAUCGAUUUUACACGACAUGCAUCACAAGUUUUAUUUUGAUUAUUGUCAAUUUAUUCGAUUCUGACACUUCCAUAAUCGUGUUGUGCGCUUGAAAUUCAAUAUCUACAAGCGUGACCACACGGAUGAAGUCGAGGGGGCUCGUUCCCGGGGGCACGUGGAACUGGUGCAGCCGCAGGCGUGCGAGGGUCAUCAUCGUACUAACAGUGGACACCCCGCACCAGGAAAGACUACAUUCACACCAAAAGUUGAAAUCGAAGAGCGCCGAGCCAUUUCGUCAGCGGACCACACCAGCACAACUGAAGAUGGGAAUGAAUUCCAUCUAAAGUGGACAAACAGGAGGGAGCAGGAAGGGUCUGCUACUGAGAGGAAAAAUCCCCUCUCCCCAUAUCAAAAAUGUGAUGCAGAUUUGUGGUCACAAAUCAGCUUUGUCAUGCUAGAAGGGAAAAGAUGCGGACUGUAGUGCUGGGCUGCGUGGGACAGCCGUGCAUCUUCAGCAUCACAGGAGGCAGCUGGAAGUGGGAAACAGCAUAACAAACUGCCUCCAAUCGAGGCCACAACUACGCCUCUUCGCCUUCUAGCAAUACAAGUCGAUUUGUGUACUCACAUACAGCAUCACAAAUUUCGCUUUUGAUAUGGGGAGGGGGGAUUUUUCCUCGCGAUAUCUGCGUCUGCUGGCCAGCAGGGCGAGCGCGAGAUGACUCUGAUAAGACAGAUCAUGUUCUAG